UCCUAUCUCCACUGUUCUCCUCAGCCUCAACACCCAGCAACAACUUUGCUUUGACAAGCAGGAAAAAGAGGAAGAAGCAGGAGGGGACAAGUUCUGACAUUCUCCAGGAUGGAGGAGAAUUCUCCAUCCAAGCCUUCUGUGGCUGAGCUGGCUGGAAGGUUCCAAGGUCAUAUUUUACCAAUGCCCCAAUCAAAUAAGGAGAUGUCAUUUCGGAGAAAACCUCCGUGUUCUCUGAAGCUGAAAACACAAAAAGAUGACAACGAGAAAUCAGAUAACAUUGUCCUCUCACUGAAUCCCUUUAAAAUCAGGACGAAGAAUUCCUCUGUUAUCGAGAAGCUGCAGGCUAACCUCGCUCUAUCGCCCACUGCGCUGCUGCCAUCAAGUCCAGAGGUGAAACUGCAGCCAGUGCCGCCAUCCCCAACCCAGCCCUGCCGCCCGUCCAGCCCGAUGUCACCCACCGUGCUGCCCUCCCAACAGUCCAUCGAUGAGUGCGACCCCAUGUGCUUUGAGAGUCCCCCUGAAGGAACCCCACUGCCAAGCAUCAACAAGACUCGUGCCCGGCUGUCGUUUAAGAGGCGCCUGCCCACAAGACAACACAGGAGGUCGGCCAGCGAGGAGGCAGGAGCCUUCGGGGGCCGUCUGUCGCCAUGUGAACUCGACAGCCCAAAGCAAAAUGGGGAUGAGGAACAUGUUUUUGAAGGGCCGGCAGAGGCCGAUUUGAAGGACGUCAAGGAAAAGGACAGGGACUGUGAAACGAUGGAGGGCGAGGAGACAGCGACCGAUCGUGACCACAGAGGAGAGCCGGAGAGGCAGAUGUCUGGGGAGCAGGACGCAAAACAAGCCCUGACCUCAAACGGUCCACAGGAGGAACAACUUUUAGAGAUUAUCCCUGCUGAGCAGAUAGGGGGUGCUGUUGAGAAAGAAGAGGAGCAGGUGGAGGUGCAUGAAGGAGGAACCGACAUGGUGUGAAUCUUUACAUACCAAAAAACAAACAAACAAAACAAAAACAAA